AUGAGCAAAUCCGAUACACGUAAACGACAUCGAACAACAAGCGGAAACAGUGAUUCAGACUCCGAUUCAGAUUCAUCACAAUCAAAACAAAUCUUUGCUGAUGGUUAUGAUGAAAAUUAUCGUGGAGAUGCUAAUGAUCGAGCAUGGUUAAAAACUUUAUCUGAACGUGAACGUGAAGCAGAAUUAUUAAAAAGACAUGAACAACGUGAAAUAAUCAAACGUCGUGAAGAAAUAAAUAAAAGACUUAAAUCAAAAGCUGAAGAAUCAGGAGUUAAAAGUGAAGAAGAAGGUGAAAUAGAUGAUCAUGAUGAUGAUGAAAGUGAUCAUGAAAAAAUGAAUGAAGAUUCUACACGUAAAUCAAAUUUAUUUGAUAAUGAUAUAUACGCUGAAGAUGAUGAUGAUGAUGAUUAUCAAUCAACGGCAAAUCGACGAAAACAAAUUAAUGCUACGAAACAAAAAGAAACUGAACAUAGUAAAUCACUUCAAUUAUUAGUUGAAGGACGAAAAAAAAAACAAGAUGAAAAAACCAAAAAAUCUCUAAUCAAAUCUGAUGAUGUUUCCUCAAGUGAUGAAGAUAGUCCUGAUAAAUCCACAAAAACAAAUAAAAAAGAUGAAAUAUGGAAAGUUGAUGAUGUUUAUCAAACAUCGAGUUCAGACGAUGAUGAUGAUGAUGACGAUGAUAAUCAUGGUAAUUCACAUAAUCGUCGACUUCGAUCACGUUCACCUGAUGAUCGUACAAGCGAUGCACGAGAACAAGAAUCUAAACGAAAAAAAUGUACACCUAUAUCAACAAAAGAUCAAUUAAGAUCUAUGAUAUUAUCUCGUUUUCGUAUGGAAAAAUGGUGUCAUUCACCAUUUUUUGCUAAAGUAGCAAAAGGUGCAUUUGUUCGAAUUAAUAUUGGUCAAAAUAAUGGUGAACCAGUUUAUCGGGUUUGUGAAAUUUGUGAUGUUGUAGAAACAGGGAAAAUUUAUAAUCUUGGUUUAACACGUACAAAUAAAGGUCUUCGUUUAAAACAUGGAAAUAAUGAACGUAUAUUUCGACUUGAAUAUGUAUCAAAUAAUGAAAUAUCUGAUGAAGAAUUUCAACGUUGGAGAGAAGCAAUGAUCAAACAAGGUAUUUCAUUGCCAACAUUAGAUGAUCUUGAAAAGAAAAUGAAAGAAAUUGAAGAAAGUAAACAUUAUGUUUAUAAUAAUAAGGAUAUAACACAUAUAGUACAAGAAAAAAAACGAUUUCGUAAAGCACCAAUAAAUUAUGCUGUAACAAAAAAUGAAUUAUUAAAAGAAAUAGAAAUAGCCAAAGAUGAAAAUGAUAUUGAAAGAGAAACUGAAUUAAGAAAACGGCUUAAUGAAAUGGAAGAAAGAGCUUCAGAACUUGAUCGUAAAAGAUCAGAGAAUAUUUCUGUUAUGGCGUAA